UGGAUUGAAUUGAGGGCACAAGGGAUGUUGGCUCUUGGCUCUCGCCAUUGCAAAUAAACAAAAACUCUUUUGAACAAUAAACAAUCCAACAGCAACUUUUGUAAGAGAGUCCCUUUCACUCUGCAUUACCCAUUUGAAAAAUGAAGCUUUGAGUGGCCAUAGGAAUAAAUUCCCAAAGAACCCAUUUCUCUGAAUCAUUUUUACUGGUUUUUCCAUAUGCAGAGCUUGAAAUUCCCACCGUUUCUUCUUCCUUCUCAUCUUCUUGCUUAAUAAAUAACCACAUACCCAUUUCGCUAAUUCCUUCUCUAAUCGUCUUCAACCUUUGUCCGAAUGCCGCUAUCCGCCAUUUCUUUCCAAUCUUCACUCCGUUGUUUCACUGGACUUCCUUUUCCUACACCCUUCCAGCCCAAUUUGGGGCUUCAUCCUUCAAUUCCUUCAAAACCCACUCGAGGUUUUCUCUGUUGCAAGAAGCUUCAAGUAUCGGAGCCUAAGCAUUACCCCAACUCUUUCAAUUUCUCGAAUGAGUGCGUUGCGGUUCCUAAAUUCAGGAGUGCGAGUUCGAAGGAUAUUGAUGUUGCUACUCUUGGAAAUCUUUGCGUGGAUAUUGUGCUUAAUGUUCCUAGUUUACCUCCAGAAAAUGACGAUGAACGACGGGCUUAUAUGGAGCGGUUGUCCUCCUCGCCUCCUGAUAAGUGUUAUUGGGAAGCUGGCGGCAACUGCAAUAUGGCAAUAGCGGCAGCUAGAUUGGGACUUCGUUGUGCGACAAUUGGUCAUGUGGGAAAUGAAAUCUAUGGCCAAUUUCUUCUUGAUGUACUUCAUGAGGAAGGAAUUUCUACAGUUGGAAUGAGUGAUGCUAGUUGUGGCGUUAGGUCAAAGACCUCCUAUGAGACUCUUCUAUGUUGGGUUCUGGUGGAUCCCUUACAAAGACAUGGCUUUUGCAGUCGAGCUGAUUUCACUAAGGAGCCUGCUUUCAGUUGGAUUACUGAACUAUCUGAAGGAGUUAAAAUUACUGUUAGACGGUCGAAGGUCCUAUUUUGUAAUGGUUAUGGCUUUGAUGAGCUCUCCCCUAACCUCAUUAUUUCAAUUGUGGAUUAUGCAUUGGAGGUUGGAACAUCGAUCUUUUUUGAUCCUGGACCACGUGGAAAGAGCUUGUCUGUUGGUACUCCUGAUGAAAGAAGUGCUUUAAACCAUUUCUUGAGGAUGAGUGACGCUCUGCUUUUAACUUCUGAUGAGGUUGAGUCCUUGACAGGCAUACAGGAUCCGAUAUUAGCAGGUAACGAGUUGCUAAAAAAAGGUGUGCGUACAAAGUGGGUUAUUGUCAAAAUGGGUUCAAGAGGUUCAAUUUUGAUAACUAAGACGAGCAUCUCUUGUGCACCUGCAUUCAAGGUGAAUGUUGUCGAUACUGUUGGAUGUGGAGAUAGCUUUGUAGCAGCAAUUGCUUAUGGGUAUAUACACAAUUUGCCAACCAUUGAUGCACUAACGAUUGCCAAUGCUGUGGGUGCUGCUACAGCCAUGGGCUGUGGUGCUGGUAGGAGUGUUGCAACCCUAGAAAAAGUACUAGAACUUAUGAUGAAAGCAAACACCAAUGAAGAUCGUGACUUUUGGAAUAAACUGUUUAGUGAAAACUUGGAAUGUCAAGAUAUUACAUUUAUGUCAAAAUCGAACGUCGAUAGAAACAAUAAGUCAAUAAAUUACAUCAUGUUGCAAAAUGUGGUGUCUAGAUUGCUACCUAUGCUUGAACAUGCACAAUAUGAAGAAUUGACAUCAUAAAAUUACAAUGGGAGACUUUGAUUCAUUCAACACAUGUUAAAUUUUAGUUGCAGUCACAGUGGUAUCAAGUAUGGAAGGCAAAAGACAAGUUUGAUGGCUCAUCAUAUUGCAAAAUGAUUCAUAGAAGAUUGUUUGUUGAAACUUCUCUUGAAGCACACUGUUGUGGGAUUAUCAGGGGUAUUCUUUGGCUUCAACCAUUACUUUUUUGGUAUACGAGAUGUGAGCCUUUUUUCUUUUCUUUUCUCCUUUUAUACUGUCAUUAUGUACUUAGGUGGAAUGUAGUAGAGGUUCAUAGGUACUGAAUCCCGUGGUGUCUGAGAACAAAUCGAUGAAGAACUCAAACUAGAUGCAUGUUUCUUAAACAGUUUUGUGUCACGGUUCUGGUUAGCCUAGUUUGAAUGUUUCAUUAUUAAUGUUCAUUAGACUCGUUGGAAUAUUGUAUAACCAUGGAUGUAUAGAUAUAUUGGUUGACUUGA